GUUCACUUCUGUAAAGAACCCAGUCGGCACAGCACACCACACCACACACACCUCCCAAAAAUGGCAUUCAAGUUUGUUUUCGCUCUCGCCUUCGUGGCCGUUGCCAGCGCCGGAUACGCAGUUCCCCAGGUCUACCACGCUGGCCCAGCGGUGGCCACCUAUGCCCAUGCCGCUCCCGUUGCUGUGGCCCAGAAGGUGGUGGUGAAGGCUGCCGAGGAAUACGAUCCCCAUCCCCAGUACCGUUUCUCUUACGGAGUCGAUGACAAGCUGACCGGCGACAACAAGGGACAGGUGGAGGAGCGCGACGGAGAUGUCGUCCGCGGCGAGUACUCCCUGAUCGAUGCCGAUGGCUACAAGCGCACCGUCCAGUACACCGCCGACCCCAUCAACGGAUUCAACGCCGUCGUCAACCGCGUUCCCCUGGAGCAUGUCAAGACUGUGGUGAAGACCGUCGCCGCUCCCGUGGCCCACUAUGCUGCUCCCACCCACUACGCCGCCCCAGCUGUGGUCAAGACUGUGGCUCCAGCUUACACAUCCUAUGCCGCCCCAGCUGUCGUCAAGACCGUUGCUCCCGUGGCUCACUAUGCUGCUCCUGCUCAGUACACAUCUUAUGCCGCCCCUGCGCCCGUGGCUCACUAUGCUGCCCCUGCUGCCCAGUAUACUUCUUAUGCUGCCCCUGCUCCCGUUGCCCACUACGCUCAUGCCGCUCCAGCUGUGACAUACUCUGCGCCCGCUGCCCACUACUCCACGUACGCUGCCCCCGCCGUCAGCUACCACCACUAGGAUGUUAGUAGGACCCGCAGGACUCUGAGUUGUACAUAGAAUUGUUGGCUUUAUUACAUAACUGAACAUUUAUUUAUUGACAGCACCAAUAAACAAAAUGCAUACGACAUACUGCACAUAUC